CCGACAUGGUCGACGAGGGCUACUAUACCCCGACAUCCGUCUACCCGGCCCACCCGCCACCGGGACUCAUCACCCCGCCGAAGGAAUCGCUCCUGGGGUUUGAAGCUACUAUGAUCAAGUCUUGAAUAAACAUCACACCCUACACUAUGAUAUUCGCAACAAUGCCCCGCCCCAUCAAUGCACCGCACUUACGGUCGACCCCCUCUCACACAACACCGCUCGACUGCCAACGAAUGUUUAACCCCCGCCCUUAAUUUGACACUGGAGCUACAAACCUGCCUUACCAACCGGCAAGGAUUCUUGGCCUUUCGACAAACCGUUCUUUUCUUGCACACAGACUUUUUCCUUUUCCGACGAACUUUGUUCCUUUCUUGUACUCAUCUUUUCACAUCCGCUUGUGACCCUCUUCUUGUCCCCAUACUUCUCUUUUUCGCCUUGACCCCCGUGGCUGCAUCGCAGCCCCCGUUAAUUCUUGUACACACCACCGUUUUUCACCAUCCUGUGCUGGACACCGACCUAAUCGACUCUCACUGGGACACUUAUUUAUUCACCCCCGUUUCUCUUUCGAACUCUCUUGGUGCGAUAUGUGUACGAGACUACUUCCUUUUAGUUUGUUGUUUGUUGUGGUAUACCCGUGUCUUUGGACUUUCUUGUAUUCUUUCUCGUGUUUUGUGCUUGGGGCUUUUAUUGCGCUUUUUUCAAAGUAAAUAAUUUCGAUGCGUUUUCUAUGGAUGCUUUUGACGUGGUUUUGUCUGGACGGUUGUAUCGGGUGGAGCGCGGAUAUGGCUUUCCUCGGCGUCCUGGCCCUCGAGC